UUCAUCGGAUAUGUAAAAAAACUCUAACUCGUCAACUUAUUACUUGGCUGCACGUUAGUUCCGUUUUCAUAAUAUCUGAGACUUAAAUCUGACUAGGUCUUAGGAGCUGUUAGCACGAAUCGUCUACAGCGUGUUCCGUGAGUAUCAUUAUUUUGGGGAAUCCUAAUUGGCCCAUUCUCAGCCAAUCAGCGCUAACAGAUAACUGGAGAAGACUCCGGCAUCUUGUAUAAAAUUCUAAAUACACUAACAUUUUUAUUACUGUAUCACUCAACUUGGUUUAUUUGGAUUUCAUUGGCGUAUAUGUCCAAGUCGUGUCAUGAUUUUCAGGACCAGUCAAAACUUCACAUGCUUACUCUCAUGGAGGUCAAACAAGCUAAUAAAUUCGUCGUACAAACUUCGGUUGCCUUCUUAUCUUCGUACUCAGGAGAAUUCCGGUAAAGCAUCGCGUCCUGGAGAAAGCAAGAAUGAUCAAACAUCUAAUAUUCCAAAGUUUGAAUUGCGGUUUUCAUUUUCUCGAAAUAAAAUGCCUGACCCUCCUGGUGGAUGGUCUUUUGCUUCUUGGGUUAUACUUGGUGCUGUUGGUUUAACAUGGGUUGUCUACCACAAUUUUUCAAUGUACAGAAAGGUCGAUUGGAAAGAGUUUACAGAUAACUUCCUACAAAAGGGUGCUGUCCAUCACUUAGAGGUUGUGAACAAAUCUUGGGUUAGAGUCCAUCUCCAACCAGGCGCAGAUUUCGAGUCGUAUGAAUCCAUUGAUCCCAGCAAGAAAAUUUAUUGGUUUGAAAUCGGUUCAGUUGACACUUUUGAACGAAGUCUACGUGAUAUGGAGGCUCAUAUGGGUAUAGAUCCUAUGCAUAGAACGUUUAUAACCUAUAGCAGUCGUCUAAAGCUAUCAGAUGUUUUAUAUGGCAUUUUCUAUAUUUCUUUGUUCUUAAUGGCUGUGUAUUCCUUACGGCCUGCAUCUGGUGGUGUUGUACGGAAGUCAGGACUGGGUUCAGGAUUAUUCAAUUUCGGACAGUCACCUGUGCGUUUAAUAGAAAAAGAUAAGAUUGGUGUACGUUUUAGCGAUGUAGCAGGUUGUGAAGAAGCAAAACUUGAAAUAAUUGAAUUUGUUAACUUCCUAAAAAAUCCAGCAAAAUACGAAGCGCUAGGAGCAAAGAUUCCUCGUGGUGCCAUCCUAAAAGGUCCUCCUGGUACUGGCAAAACACUUUUGGCUAAAGCGACUGCUGGAGAAGCGAAUGUUCCAUUCCUUUCCGUUUCUGGGAGUGAAUUUUUAGAGAUGUUCGUUGGUGUAGGACCGAAAAGAGUACGCGAUAUGUUUGCCUCUGCACGAGACAAGGCUCCCUGUAUAUUGUUUAUUGACGAAAUUGACGCUAUUGGUGGCAAGCGAUCUGGUACAUCUUUUGGUCAUCAGGAACGGGAAAAUACUCUCAAUCAACUACUUGUGGAAAUGGACGGGUUUACUACUCAAGAAAAUGUUGUCGUUCUGGCUGCUACCAAUCGUAUUGAUAUUCUAGAUCCAGCUCUUCUUAGGCCUGGACGUUUUGAUCGUCAAAUCUAUGUAUCAUUGCCAGAUAUCAAAGGUCGUGCAUCAAUAUUUAAGAUACAUUUGAAACCAAUUAAAUUAGCUGAUGAUAUGCAACUUGUAGCUCGCAAAAUGGCUACACAUUAUGGUGGUAGUAUCGGAACUACAAGUGAUUUUGGUGGAGGUUAUAUGGCGUCUAUGAGUGCUAGUACAGGACAAAAGAAGAUUAGUUACCAGGGCACUAUUGUUCCUUGUACGUGUGCCGAAAUAAUGGCCGCAAAUCAAGAUGGUGAUAAGUUUGUUUCUUCAUGUGGAAUAGAAUUUAGUCAAAUAUCAGUUGUUGGGAUUAUUCGUUCGGUAAAUGAGUCAAGCACACGCGUAGAGUAUGAGGUCGACGACUACACAGGACCGUGUUUGCCAGUAAAACUUUUUACAGAGGAUCAGGAUAAUACAUCUUCCGGCCUACAGUCUCGUCCAUUUCGCGAAUUAUCGUAUGUACGAGUACAUGGUCAUGUCCGGAACUUUCAGGGAGUCAAACAUGUUAUUGCUUUCCGAGUCAUCCAUUUGUCAGACAUGAAUGAACUUACUGCUCAUAUAAUGGAAGUGAUUUAUACAAGAAUGUUGUAUGCGAAAAUCAAACAAGAUGAGAAUAAUGGCGCUAACGUCAAAAGUAUUUUCAGUGAGGUUGGUUCGCAUAAUGCACCUGGAUCUACUAGUAAUGGACUCACUGUCUUGCAAAACCAGAUACUCGCAAUAGUUAGGACGUUUGUUGGUGAGCGUGGAAUCCCUGUAUCCCAGUUAACGGAAAAGCUGCGUGGGAUACCCGAGAGGCAAAUAAGGGAGGACUUGGAUUUCCUUAGUGCCGAAGGUCAUGUAUAUUCGACUGUGGAUGAUGAUCACUUCCGAGCUACUGAAUCAUGA